AUGUCUCGAUAUUUUCUAGCCGCUAUUAUUUGUAUUAUGAUAAUUAUGACAACUGUAGGAAAUGCACUAGUUUGUCUAGCAGUAUUGUUAGUCAGAAAAUUGAAACAUCCCCAAAAUUUUUUGCUUGUUUCAUUGGCGGUCGCCGAUUUUUUUGUUGGAUUGCUGGUUAUGCCGUUGGCGUUGGUGGAUCUUAUUUUUGACAACUGGCCAUUAGGCAGGUUCGUUUUUCGCCUUUUUCGAUUUUCUUGUUGUAGUCGUCGUGUCAUCUUGAAUGUAACAAAUAAAUUGAGAUUGCUUUCAUUUUCUUGAAAUGGAAAUUGGAAGAGAGACAAACGAGAGAUUGACGUAGAUCAAAAAUUCAUCUUUUUUUUUUUGAAAUUUGAUUGGUUGGCUAAUUAGCUAUUUUUGUUGAUUUUCUAGGUGUAGUUGUGACGUAGAAAAUAGUGGAAGAUUUCAAGAAAAUUUUUAAAAUAAAGAAAAGCUAGGAAGUUGGUCAAAAAUUAACAGAAUUUUGGAAAAACCCCGAAAAAAAAUACAUAACCUGUGCUUUGAGACAUAUUUCAACAGAAUUACCGUGAAUUUGGGAGGUCCAAAUUUUAUUUUAAUUUUUUUUUCAAAGUAUUUUCAAGAUUCCUCUUACAAACUCUAAAACGGUGAAAAAUUUGAGAGUUCCGUUGACUAUGUUUUGGUCUCAAAAUUCCCAAAGACAUGAAAUUUUCAUCAGCACUAGCAAAAAAUAGGUGAACAUCAAAAUAUGGAACUGAAAAUAUAUAGUCUAUAAAAUGAAUGAGUGAAAAAAUAGCUGUAAAAUUGCAAAAAGAUGUGAAAAAAGAUACUUUUAUUCGCAACAACAACAACUCCGUUCGUUUUUGUUAUGUGCUUUGCAAAUUUUUUCAUCUUCCCUUCCCCAAACUCUUCAUGUGUUGUUUUGUUGUUCAACACCCUGAAUCAGUCGUUAAUAAUUCAAUAUGUGUGUACAAACUGAAUAGAUGGAAUUUUUUCUGUUAUUUUUUUUUGGUUGAAAUUCCAUUCUCAUCAUUAUAAGGAACACACAAAAAACAUAACAUAAACAUAAUACAAAAAAUUAGAGUUCGAGAGGGAAAAAAGUUGCCUAGGUGAAACUAAUACAAUAUUUCAUGUGGUUUUCUUGAAAAAAUUAUAUUGUCAUGGUGAAAGAUCAUCGAUAAAUUUUUAUUAUGAUUCACAGUAAAUUUAACGUCCAAAAAAUGUUGGUUAGUGGUGAGAUCAUGUAAUAAGUCUGAAACUGAUCAAAGUUGAUGAAAGUUAUAAAUUAGCAAAUUAUAAAAAAAAGAUCCUCCCAGAUUAAAAAAAAAUUCAAUUUUUUCCAGCUAUCUUUGCCAUUUCUACACCACAUCAGAUUUAACAUUAUGCACAGCUUCAAUUGUGAAUCUGUGUGCAAUUUCGGUAGAUCGAUAUCUGGUAAUAUCAAGACCUCUACGAUAUUCUGCUCAACGAACUUCAAAACGUAUUUUAACGUAUAUUGCGGUAGUUUGGCUCAUCGCAGGGAUUGUUGGUUUUUCUUCGAGAGUUAUUGCAUCGAUUUUAAGUACUGAUGAAGAAAGUUCAACACGUUGUGAGGUUAGUCUUUGAUGUUUUCGAAAAAUCCCAUAUGAAAUUGAAACCAAAAUCUCAUCGAAAAGCAAUCGAAAUCGAAAUUGACAUCACGUCAGAGCGCACAGAAAUUUGAGAAGUCGUGAGAAUACAGGAAAUUGGUUGUGCCAAUUUCCAUAAAGAGAUGAGAUGUUUUUGAUCUCCCAAAAUGAUAACACAAUUUCCGAAUUCGAUUUGGGCAAAACCAAAACAAGCUAGAUAAAAUUUCGUUUUCUUCCGCUCCGAAAACAACAUAGUAAAAAGGUUUUAUCCGGCCUAAAAAAAGAAUAACAUGUGUGUGUGUGUGUGUUUUUUUUUUUUGAACGGAGAGGGAAGAACAUUUCUGAAUUAUAUAUUCGAGUUUUAUUAUUUUUUUCUAAAGAAAUCCAAAGAAAACAUAAAAUAGAAAGGUGGCAAGAAAGUCCAGGCUACAACAUUUUCCCUUUUUCCGAGUUUUUCCGGUGUCAAACUCUUCUUCUUCCUCUUGUCGUUUAUACGCAUUUUCUUUUCCUGAACACAUAAAUCUAAAGAAGGAGAAAAUGAGAAAGUGGUGUGCUUUUCUAUCCAUUUUCUUCAAUUUUUCUUCAUAAAAAACAAUCUAUUCCUAUAAUAAUAUGACGAGAAGAAGAAGAAGCAAAAGAAAUGGAGACCCAUAGAAAUUGAAUACAUUUUUUCUUGUCUUGGUGAUGGAAAAAUCUCUGGCUUUGGACACCAUCCAUUUUUUCGCAGCAGCCCAAUUUCAAUUCAAAAAAAACUAGCCUAAUACAUUUCUGAAACAUGAGACGAUUUUUUUCGAAACUGGAUCUUUUGGCUCGUUUUUUUUCAUACACUAUUUUUUUGGACUUGUGAGAUCAAACAAUUUUUUUGGUUGCUGUGACUUAUGCCUAAAAAAAAGUUUAGAAGGGGUUUUAAUAAUAGCGGAAAUGUAUUUUUUGAAAAAAAAAUGGAGUGGUGCAUGAAAGGCCAAGUGGUUCACGAUGAAUAAGAGUUUAUUUUUGAUCUACAAGAUGGGAAGAAGAGAUUUUAUUGGGGAAAAUAUGAAAAUUAAAAAAAAGUGAAAGAAUUUGGUAGAUACAAUUUGAAAAUGAAAGAUUUCUUUUAAAAUGCUUGAAUUUCUGAAAUGUUGACUAAACUAUCAAUAAAGUAAAUUGCUUGCACAGUUUUCUAGAAAUUUAAAUCCUCAAAACCAGUUUUACAGAAAAAUUCCUUGUUUUGAACAUCUAGAAAACUUCUUGAGAAGUUGAAAACAUUUGCUUCUCUUCUAAAAAUUUCCAUAUUCUUUCGGAACAACAUUUUUGUGUUUCUAAACAUCCAGAAGAUGUUUUAAAUAUUACUUUUUUUUUCAACGUAUCCAAACCUUUUUUUUGUUUUAACAAUUCCCACCCAUCUUCCCAAAAAAUUUGUCAAACAUCAAACCAAUAAAAUAAAUCACAAUAUAUCACAUUUUUCUUGUUGACCCAUUAAAAAUCCAACAUCUCACUCAUUCACUCAAAAUCGUUUUAUGUUUGUUCUUUUGAACGAUAAGAUAAACGAAAAAAAACUUUAAAGUGAAUGUGCAUUUUUUGAUUUCUCAUCGAUUUUGCAAAAAAAAAAAACACUCUCACAUAGUUUUUUUCCAUUCAUACAUCUGUGUUGAUGUUAUGAGUUUCGAACAUCUGGCAAGCUGGAUUUUCACACGGCACAUUCUUUUCUCAAAAAAAAUAUAAAAAUAACAUUGAGGGCACCUCAAAGGCAGCAUAAAUUUUGUAGAUUUCAAAAAAAUGCGCAUAGAUAGAAGAAGCAAAAAAAUAUGAGGCGAAAAAUAUGAUUCGUCUAAAUUGCCUCUAAAUCUCUUUUACGAUUCCAAAGAUUUAUUUUUUAUUUUUUUUUCUUCUGGAAGAAGAGGGAUUUUGAAAUAAAAAAUGUAUAUACAAGUUUUGAAAUGAAAUUGCGGCAAAGGGAACAUUUUCAAGAACACAGUAAAAAAAUGAACGUGAUGUUAAAAACUCCGUGAUAGAAUGUUCCAAAAAAUAAGGAUCGAAACGUGAGCCGAGAACUUCAAAUGUUUACAAAAAUGGCAAAAAUUUAUUAUCUAGAUAAUCCAAAUCGAAACUUCUAACAAAUUUCAAAUUUGACAUGUUUUUUGGUAGUCAUCUAUGCUAUUUUCAAUGCUUGGAUUUACUAAAAAAUAAGUUUCAGGUUCUCCAAUACAGUUGGUAUCAAAUCUACGCAACAAUUAUAUCAUUUUACGGCCCAACAUUUAUCAUGAUAAUUUUGAAUAUCAAAAUUUGGAGAGCUGCCAAACGUCUAGCCGCACAAGAUCGACUAAUGUCACAUUGUAAUUCAAUUGAUAAUAAUACAAAUGAGCAUAAGAGUCGGAAUUCAAGCUCGCCGGAAAAUACAGAUUUAUUGAACGAGUGCUCAAAAAAAGAAAGAACAAAUUCAACAAAUUCUAGAUUAUUCAAACUCGAGAAAAAAUAUUUGCAUAGACCAAGUGCACUUUUCACAACAACACCAAAAGGACCAUUGGUAAGCCUAUUUAUUUUAUUUUUUUCUAACAACCUUCAAGUAUCCUUCUUCCUCAUUCUUCUGUUUUUUUGUUCUCAAAAUAGAAAUAGAUGAAAAAUUCAGAGGGGCCCAUGAUUUUUGAUUGUCUAAAUAUACAUGAAUUAUGAUGCGUUUUGAUAUUUGCUGAAAAUAUCGAAUUACACUCAUUUCAAUAUUAUUAUUUUUUAUUUUUUGUCCUAUUUCUCUGGAUUUCUCUGAUGAUGCUUGAAAAAUAGUUUGCGGGGGUGUAGUGAAAAUGGAAGGACAAUAAGAUUUGCAAACGGAAUUUAUUUUUGUUCUUAUUUUAUUUUUGUUUAUAAAAAAUGAAAGAAAAACAAGAGCUGACCUUUUCCUUUUUGGGCCAACUUUUCACACUUGAAUGAAGAAGAAUUUGGAGCUAGUUUGCUCAUAGAUUUUUAUUUGGAAAUUUUCUAGACAUUUUUGGUUUGAGGUAGCAGAUAUUGAGAAUCACAAAACAUAUUGAAACAUUUUGAGAUGACCUUUCUUUUAAUAAUUGUGUUCUAAGAUAUCUGAAACCACAGUACUUUAACAAAAAUAAAACAAAAAACUCUCGACUUUCAGUAAAUUUUACGAUUGGAAUAGGAAGGAACAGUUCCUAAAAUGUUAUUUUUAAUUCCAAAAUCGAGGAGAGAUACAGAAACUAUCACAUUAUUUUACAAAAAAAAACUAUUUUAUUGACUUCACAAAUCUUGUUUUCGAAAUUCUCAUAAUUUUCCAAGAAACAUUCCCCAACCUCAUUCAAACCAAUUUUCCCAUUCAAAACACUCCAACCUUUUUAUUGCAGAUUCGUCAAAGUGAAAGGAGUGAAUGUAAAGCUCGAAAAACAUUAGGCGUCAUCAUGUCAGUCUUCAUAUUUUGCUGGUUUCCUUUCUUUUUGUGCAGCAAUUGUGAAAGCAAUUUUCGGUUACACAAUUUCCAAUUCUUUAAACCUAUUAAUCCUAUGGCUUGGUUAUUCAAACAGGUGCGAAAUUCUUGUUAGGGAUUUUUUUGGAAUAUAAUAGAAAAAACCUCGUAUUCAGGAUGUAUCUACAUAUGAGAUCUCUAAAAAUAGAGUUAAGAAUUAAUAAUAAAAAAAAACAUUUUCAGCACUUUGAAUCCUUUGAUUUACUGCAAAUACAAUAAGGAGUUCCGAAUACCAUUUCGUGAAAUGCUUGCUUGUCGAUGUUCCACAUUGCAAACUGUCAUGAGACAACAAAGUUUCACAAGUCGAUAUGGACCUCCAGUGUAAGAAAAAAGAUUACUGUAGUUUUUGAGCCGACGAACCAGAAAAAAAUCCCAUUUCCUUGGAAUAAUGAGAGUAUUAGUUUCAGCGUUUCAAAAGUUCAGAAAAGCACAUAAAGGCUUUACAGUAGGUUGGAAAAAAGUAAUUAAAAAAAUAAUAUAGGAACUUCUCAUGCCUGUCUAAUACUUCUAUAAGUUUCAUCUCUAUAUGAUUUUGUUGACUUUGAUUAUUCUCUGAAAACCAGCUGAAAUAUUUCUAGAACCAAAAAACAAACUUAUGAAUCUGCAGAAUCUCUGAAUGUGAGAAUGAAGUUAAAAGUCAAAUCGUAUAUCAUUUUGACAGGCUCGGCUCACAGGAUCAUUUCAGCUGAUUUUCGAAAAAUAUUUCAAGUAGGGCUGCACGCGGGGCACCCCGCGAUGAAACACCGUGCAAAAAAUCAUUUGCCCCCUCGCCCCUUUGCCCCCUCGCCCCUUUGCCCCCUCGCCCCGUUGCCCCCUCGCCCCGUCGCCCCUUCGCCCCGUCGCCCCGUCGCCCCCGCUUGUAACUGUGUGUGGUGAAGAAAUAAAAGAAGAUAGAAGCGCGCACACAGUUACAAGCGGGGGCGAGGGGGCGACGGGGCGAAGGGGUGACGGGGCGAGGGGGCAACGGGGCGAGGGGGCAAAGAGGCGAGGGGGCAAAGGGGCGAGGGGGCAAAAGCGUGGCGGGGCGAGGGGGCCGCCCCCACGCCCCAUCGUGCAGCCCUAAUUUCAAGUCAAAAUAGAAUGCCGGAAAGUGAAAACUUAGGUUUCUAGAUAAUGUACACACCUUUGUUUCUAUCAUUUUUCUAAACAAAAAAUCACAAAUUCGAAUUUCAAGAAAAACCGCUUCUCAACCGAUAUUCACAAUUCACCAAACAUCGAAACACCAGGUUUAAUUUUCAUAUGCGGCCGCAUUUUCAGACGCUACAGUAACCAGUCUUCCAGCUAUCGCCCGCUUCUGUGAGUGCCCCACAGUUGUUUGUUGUUUUUUCUUGCAUUUUUUUGAAAAAAAAGUUUUAUAGUUAAAAACUGCAUUUGCAUUUUUGAAUUGGAGUGUUUUUUGCUAUGAAUUUAUAGCAUGUCAGUUUUAAGCAUGUGUUUUUUCAAUCAAUGUUUGCUGUGUUUAGAGAUUUGACUAACAAAUUAUUGUGAUUUCAUUUUCAUUCUACAUUUUCCAAAGCUUUUUCAUCAUCAAUAUUGACUAUAUUUUAGAUCGCGUCGAAACGACAGUCAAAAUGAGGCAAGUGAUGUCUGA